CUGGUGUUCACUGGGGAUUGUGGAGCUGUGCUGGCCUGAAGCCGCUUCUUCAUUAAGAGACAGAGCUCCCUACUCCUCUUCAAGCAGCGUGCAGCUCCUAGCAGGGCGGCAGCCUCUCCAGAAGAAGGCAGUUGGUUGACUUGCUCCUUUCAUCUCUGGCAAUGGGAGGUAUAUUUGGCAAGAACAAGCGGCUCAGUGUGUUUCCAAAGAGAGUCGCUCUUUAUAAGGCUAAAGGAAAGAAGACUUCGGGGACCGUGCGUAUGUUCUGCGAUGCCUCAACGUGGACUGGGGAGAACCAUAUUCAUUCAGCACGUAUCGGAAGGACUCCAAAAGCCCCUGAACCUUCUGCUGUAAAACUGGUGUUGGAUGCUCCUGAAAGUGAAUCUGCUGCCCAGGCUGAAAGGGAGAGAGGAAAGCAGGCUGCAUCUCUGCAUGUACAACAAACCAAGGCCCCGCUCGCCGUGACCGCUGGAGACGCACAAAACAUUGAUGUGUCGGAGGAGCUUGAAGCCAAACCUACUGUGGACAUGGAGCAGCAGCAGGAGCUCACGGAACGGAGGACACCAGAAGGCCAGGAGGGCAGGCAGAGUGAAGCUCUCCUGCAUCCUCCAGGCAGCUGGGCACCCAGCGAGCAACUGGGCUCUGAGAAUCAUCAGGUGACACUCCUUACACAGACCACAGUAAAGGCUGAAGUGCACGUGUCUGCGGACGUCCAAGGUGGGCCUGGCAAGGUUCACUGUGAUACAGCUGAGUCUGAGCUGCCGGCUGGUGCAGAGCAAGAGGCUGGAGUUGUGUCUGCUGCAGAGGAAGCUCGUGUUGGGAAUGCUCAUCGGGAAGUGUCUGUGCAGAAGGCAGCUGACUCCCCAGCUGCUUCGUGUGCCGUGGAGGACUCGGAGGUGCCUUUAAGGGCUACAGAGACAAGAGAGGACACCACGAGCGUGCAGAGAUCUGCAGAAGAGCAAGUAUGCUGUGCUGCUAAAGCCCCACCUGAUCUCCAGCUGGAACCGGAUACAGAGGCUCCUAUUACUGAAGAUAUGGAAGGAAAUGCUUUUGAACCAGAGCAAGCUGAAGCACUGGCUGAGGUUUGUGAUGAUGGGCAGACAUCAAAAGAAUCAAAAUGAAUCUGCUGCCUUCAUCCUGCAAGGGACUAAGAUGCCAAUGGUGCCUGUACUCUAAAGGACCACAAAGCAUGGUGCCAGUAAAGCCUGCUUUAAAAAGUGAUACUAAACAUAAAGCUGGUAUAUUGUCUUCUGCAAGUGACACCAACUUCCUUCCUUCUGUCCUGGGGGAGGGGGUAUGGACAUGAACUAAGUCUAUCUCAGUACAAAAAGUAUAUUUUUGUGGAUGACUAAUCUUUAUUCCCCCACAUGCACAUGUACCCUGGCUAGGGCUAUGCACUUCAGUAUUAUCUCCUUACGUGUGACUGCACAGGGUUAAGCUUUCUCUGACAAACGAGCCAGAUAUAUUAAUUACACUUGUCUGUACACCCCACUCUGACUGUCACUACUAUUUGAAACCAACCACGUUGAAAUGCUCGGUGCACAGUGGAGUCUGUUGUAACUGGAAUCAAUAAAUGGGUGCAUUUUAA